AUGGCUACAGAAGUACCGGAUCUUCUACGAUUUCUUUCGCAAGAUGCCAAAGUCUCACUAGCUUUGGCAAUGGGCAAGGUUUUAGAGCUGCAAAAAGCCCAUCUGACCAACAGUGCGAAAAUUGCCAAAUCGGACUUGGAAACUCUUUUAGGGAUCUUCCAAGAGAAGAAAAUAGCCAAGCAAGUGCUUAAUGCUGCUAAACGGGUCUCUAAGAAACGAGAAGCUCCAUAUGAUGCCGGAUCAUCAACCCAGAAGCGAGCCAAAGGCUCCAUAAUAUCGAACAAGGACUUCACUCCAUUUGAGAUUGAGUCAGCACUCAGCUUGCCCAAGUCUUCUGCUGGUGAAGACGAUCUGAACAGUACUGUUCUCGUCACAAACCGGGCGCCGCUUGUGCUUGCUUUUGCAGUGUGUGUUCUAAAGUACACCAUGCCCGAACAACCUUUAUCCAGUCGACUGAGUCUUGCCCAAGCUGUUGUCUCUGUCAACAGUCGUGCCAAAGCUAUCAGUCUAGGAAUAGAAGAUGGAAGGCCUGCAGACCAAGAGGGUUGGGGAGCAGGCCAUCCUGUGGUCAAAAUUCUUGGCCGCGAUAUACAUGUGUUGAAGAGAUGGGAUUACGAUCCAAAUGAAGGAGCACCUUCAGCCGAAGUCCACUCAAGAUAUGAGGGUGAAAAUGUCCAUGGGGAAGAAAUCCAGAUGCCCCCACUUUGGGGUGUGGAUUUAGAAGCACUCCGGGGCCAGGAUUCUAAAGGCAGCACAUCUGAUAGGCAUCCGAACUCCGAUAUUAGUAAUGCACUCGCCAUAUUCAGGCCAGAUUCUGCACGGUCAUAUCUAUAUCGAGCAUUCUCCAGGCCGGCAGAAGAGAGCAAAAUGCCUUCCAAAAAGAAACCCGCUACGGCUAUUGAGGACGAGAAGGAAGAAUCUCUUGGUCGGCUGUUGUCUGCUAUUGAUUUGGUCUGCCAGUCAUGGCUUUCAGCGUUAGACAAGACCGAACUCGACAGGCGUGCUUGGUCUUGGUACAUUCGCGUUAGGCCUGAUGUUCAGAGUGGAGCACGAGGCUGGGGUGAAAAAGGACAGGUGAAGCUAUCCGAUGUUCUUGCUCUUCGGCGAGGCAUUUGA